AUGUUUAUUUAGUAUUUUUCAGUAACUUUAAUCCUAUCUCUGCUAGUAAGUCUUGUAAAUAGCAUAGUUUCAAGUUCUUAUGAUUUUAUUUUUCAGCAGUAUCAUUUUCCUCCUUAUUUACUUUUACAAUAAUCAUAGAUAGCUUCUAUAACCUCCAACAAAGAUUAUACUGUAGUUGCUUUCUAAAAAGAUGGUAUCAAAUGGAUUGACAACAUUAAAUGUAUCCCUAUAGAAAAUGCUUUUGUUUCAUUGAAUGGUACUAUUAUUAGCGCUAUAGCAAUUAGUUAAGAUAGCAAAUUUUUAUUCACUUCAAGUGAUAACAGGCUGUCAAUUUAUUCUGUCUCAACAGAUAAUAAAUUUGCAUUAACAUAUUUAAAAUAAAGUGCUGAAUAAUAUGGAGUGUACAAUCAUUUUCGUUCUCAUAAUUAAUAAUGA